GUGACAGAUACAGACAGAGAAGAGGAUGAAGAUUUGAUAGCCAACAGGCGAGGGUUUGAUAGGAGCAGGAUAACGGAUUCCGCUGGCAAACAUCCACACCGUGUUUUCCAUCACACCGCGGAGAGGCACUGACAGAGACACGGACAGACAGAAGUUGACUCAGCCGGAUGAGAGCGCGAUGCUGCGGGGAGACUUCAGCGAGUGUCCGCGGGUUUAGAGGCUGGAAGUCAAACAUCACUUCAGGACAUGGAGUUUGGACGGAUCUAUUUACGAUAUAAAAGAGCAGUCCUGCUGUCAUUGAUGUUCAAUUUGGGUCUGUUCUGCUCUGUCACAUCUGACGUGUGUCUGUCCUCUCCCUGCCAAAACAACAGCACCUGCACACCGACUAUGAACGGCUACCUCUGCAUCUGCUCUUUUACCCCACCUAUAUACACAGGCGAACACUGUGAGCAUUUAUACGACCCGUGUGAAAACGCAGGCUGUCUGUCCAGCUGCUUCAGCACUCCAGGAACUGAGAACUACACCUGUCUGUGUCCUGACGGCUUCGAUAGUCCCAACUGCACCCUAAACCUCAAUGAAUGUGAGAUCAACCCCUGUACAGGACUCAAGAGCUACUGUGUGGAUGGAGUCAACGGAUAUUCGUGCCACUGUCCCAGCGGAUACAGCGGGGACGACUGCAGGACGAGGGUGCGAGACUGUGCUGAUGACCCGUGCUAUAAUAACGCCACCUGCGUGUGGGCGCCGAGCGGAUAUGAGUGCCAGUGUGCCGCGGGUUUCUGGGGUCAACACUGUGAAGAAGAUAUCGAUGAGUGUCUGUCACAGCCCUGCAAUAACGGCGCCAUCUGUCAGGAUGGGAUUGAUGUGUAUCAAUGCUACUGUGUGCCUGGUUUCCAAGGUUACCACUGUGACAUUGACAUAAAUGAGUGUGCAUCCCAACCCUGUGAGAACAACGGGACGUGCAUCAAUGGGAAGGACCGCUACAUCUGUGAAUGUCUCAUUGGGUUUAGAGGAGUUAACUGUGAAGUUGACGUUGAUGAAUGCGAGGCAGAUCCCUGUCAGAACGGCGCCACCUGCCAUGAUCACGUGGGAUUGUACACCUGUGAGUGUGUGCCGGGAUACGAGGGCAUCAACUGUGAGCUGAACAUCAACGAGUGUGACAGUUCACCCUGCCAACAUGGAGGAACGUGUCUGGAUAUGGUGAACGGCUAUGAGUGUGAAUGCAGUGGCACUGGAUUUGUGGGCUCUUUCUGUGAAGACGACAUACCAGAGUGUGCAUCUGACCCCUGUCAGCACGGUGCCACCUGCCAGGAAGGAGUUAACCAGUAUACCUGCCUCUGCUGGCCAGGCUAUGAAGGCGAGAACUGUGAGCUUGACGUGGACGAGUGUGAAACGCAGCCGUGCGAGAACGGCGGCGUAUGUUUCCAGCGGUCCGACUCCAGUCACUACAGAGUUCUGCCUGAACUGGACACGGACUUCAGCUACGAGAGCGCAGCCGGAUACCUGUGCCAGUGCCGCGCUGGAUUUACAGGCGACAACUGUUCAGUUAACGUGAACGAAUGCGAGUCCACGCCGUGUGAAAACGGAGGCACCUGUGAAGAUCUCAUCAAUGCGUUUCAGUGCUCGUGUCCUGCGGGGUUCACAGGUGUGCCCGUAGAGGCUGAAACCUUCCCACACGGACACGACUCAAAUCACAUCUCCAGUAAUGAGUCGGCUCUGGCUGGCAUGGAAAGCAAUCGCUCACGCCGGCCGGACAGACAGACAUUCCUGAUUUCAGCCCUGACAGGAGCCAGCUGGGAUGGGAGGAGAGGCUCAGAGGAUUAUUAUCCCAGCGGAGGGGGAGUCAUGCUGGACGAGUCCGCCGUAAUCACUCCUGGACGCUUGCCCGUAGAGGCUGAAACCUUCCCACACGGACACGACUCAAAUCACAUCUCCAGUAAUGAGUCGGCUCUGGCUGGCAUGGAAAGCAAUCGCUCACACCGGCCGGACAGACAGACAUUCCUGAUUUCAGCCCUGACAGAAGCCAGCUGGGAUGGGAGGAGAGGCUCAGAGGAUUAUUAUCCCAGCGGAGGGGGAGUCAUGCUGGACGAGUCCGCCGUAAUCACUCCUGGACGCUUGCCAAACUUGCAUCUGAUUCUUAAUCAGUCUUCUGUUGUUGGAUAUAAUGCCAGAUUACUCAAGAUGACGGAGUUGAAUUAUGCUUUCAUAAGCGAAAACGGGAAGGAAGUGGAUAAAACUUUGGACUGGAGUUACAUAGACUGGCAUAAAAAGAAAACGGUCAAAGGGACGGAUGCACAGACCCAAACCCAAUGCGUACAAAGUGAGGACAAAGACACACAAACAGCUAGUCCUUUCAUAAUGCGAAUAGAUUUAGGAAGGACGCCCUCCAGACUGAGGUAUGGUUCCCUUACGGAGUCUGACAGCAUGCCAGCACACUUAUUUCAGUUUGAUAGACAAGCCCCAGCCCGCAUCUCCACGUCCCCCACUCUGAGGAGAAUGAGGAGCACGAGAAUCUCCUACCGAGAUCCAAGCAAGUCGGAUGGUCCUUUAGGAGAGGAGUCUCCCACUCCCACGAGUCCCCUUUCUCCAUUAUUCCGGCAGAAAUCACCACUGGCGGUUCAGUCGGAUGGAGAGAGCGGGAACUUUGAAUCUUCAGUGAUUCAUGGGACAAUUAGAUCACACAGAUCAAAGACCAUUGACAAUGGCGUCAUUUGCAAAAGCAAAGAGUCUUGUGAUUUAAAAGAGCCAGAUUCUGAUGAUAAUGAGAGCAUCACCGAUGACAAUGACCAGGAUGAGGAUGCCAUUAAUGACUACAUGUGUCACUGUCCACCUCCUGCACCGGACCAGCUGCCCUGGGGCGGCCGCGCCUGUGACGUCCCGCUGACCGGCUGUGUGUCUGACCCCUGCCAAAACAACGCCACCUGUGUGCCUUCACUGUACGGAGACCAGCAUCAGCACACCUGCAGAUGCCCUUCAGGUUUCCAUGGUGACACAUGCGAAACAUCCACCACCUUCUCCGUGACAACGGGAGGUUAUUUGGUCAUCGAGUACCUCGGCGGGGUGCCGCAGGAAUACCUCAACCGAACCACAUCCAGGACGGGAUUCGUGGGCUGUUUUGAGGAUCUGCUGGUGGAUUCUCAGCCGGUUCUUCCCCAGAGCUUCGGUCCGCAGCCGGACGUCCAGAUGGGCUGUGAGAAGAGCGACUGGUGCGGUCCGGACCCCUGCUCUGAGAGCGGGCGCUGUGUGGAUCUGUGGUCAGACUACAGGUGCGACUGCCGCAGGCCGUUUCAUGGACACAGCUGUUCAGAAGAGUUCACUUCAUGGACGUUCAGUCCCGAGCGCAACAGGAGCUUCGCUGCGUUUCCCAUCAUGCAGCAGCACGCCGGUGACGUGAGCGUGUCACUGUGGCUGAAAUCACGUCAGUUAAACGGCCUGGUCUUUCAGCUCCAGCGUGAGAAUCAAGCUUACCUCACUGUCUUUCUGAAAAACGGCUCAUUAUACAUUGCGAUAUACAACUCCAUCAGAAAAGCCUCCAGCUUCCUAACCGAUGGGGAGAAGGUCUUUGUGGCCAUUAAAAAAGAGCAAGGCUUUAUAUUGUUUAAUCAAAUGCAGCAGGUUUUUACUCCCAGAGAGAUGAUUGGUUUUGAGGUGGAGGCUGGAGAUGUGGCGUAUCUCGGUGGACUUCCUGAAGGAGAAAACGGCAGACAGUGGGGUGGAUAUUUUAAGGGCUGCCUGCAGGACGUGCGUAUAGACGACACACAGCUGUACAUGUACUCCGGCAGCAUCAGCCAGAAACCACAGCAUCUCAGCUACUUACCCAGAAACUCCUCUAAUGUGCUGGAGGGCUGUGUCGGCGACCAGACGUGUAAGAUGAGGCCGUGUCAGAACGGAGGGAAAUGUCGGGUCAUCUGGAAUGACUUUGUGUGCUCAUGUCCGCUGAACUUCUCUGGGAAGACGUGUGACACUCCCGUGUGGUGCGUCAGCGAUCCGUGUGACUCUGGGACUCGAUGUGUGGACUUACCUGACGGUUAUGAGUGUGAGUAUCUGUUCUGUUCAGGCUUCAUUGGUCAUGAACAUGCCAGCAAAGUGUCGACACUAAGAGGUGUCGUGAAAUCUGCCUUCAAAAUUACGGUUGUGAUGUUAAUGCAACAAGUUUUUCACGGCCCAUUCUGCCAAUGGCGUUUUCCUCCUCGACAGUGUGAUGUGGAUUUACAGUGUGAACAUGGAGGCGUUUGCACUGAUGGAUCGUGGGGAGCGAACUGUACCUGCAGACCGGGCUUCACUGGAGACAGAUGUGAAGUGGACAUAGACGAGUGUGAGUCGGACCCGUGUCGUAAUGGAGGCACGUGUGUGAACAGACACAAUCACUACCUCUGUGAGUGUGUGUCUGACUUCAGCGGAGAAGACUGUGAGGAUACGAAGCAGCAGCAGCAGGAGCGCGUGCCGUGGCUGAUGGUGGCUGUGCCGCUGGCGUGUCUGGCGGUCCUGCUAGCAGCGGUCGUGCUGGUUUGCCUGGUUCUCACGGCCCGGAAGAAGCGCCAGUCGGAGGGAACCUACAGCCCCAGUCAACAUGAAGUAGCUGGAGCCCGACUGGAGAUGGGCAGCGUGCUGAAAGUGCCUCCGGAGGAGAGACUUAUCUGACAUCGGUCGUCCUGUGGACGGUUUGGGCCGCACACACAUGUAACCGUGACACUUUAAAGCAGCAGAGCUGACAGAUGUGGCUUUUAUGUUGAGCACAGCUGCGUGUGCCUUCUGUAGAAGGAUAAUGGAGAAAAACACUGGUGAUUCUCCAUCAUGAACGCUCACUUUGAGUAAGAGAGCAGAGGACAUCUUCAGCUUGGGAAGGUUAGAUGAAGCCAAUGUGAGAAAUAUACACUGUGACCACUUUCCAUCCCAUAUGGCAAAAAAUAUAUUUUCAAAUCAUUUUCAAAAUAUACAAAAAAAAAAUG